GAAAAUGACAUCAUCGUACACAAAUUGAAGGCACAUCAUCAAAAAAAAUAAACUCGGAGUCGGAAGGAAGAACAUGACAAAUUCUUUUGAAGGAUAAUAACAAAUGCUAUCAGCAUUUAUACGCAUUUCUCAAUUAUGAAAGAACUUGAAUUUUAAAUGGAUGUUCUUAGAAGAUGACAGAGGUGGGAACAAAUACACAGUUACGAAGAUCUGUGCAGCAGGCGCCACGCCUGUCUGCUGAAGUUGAUCCUUUUGUCCCAGGUUCAACGCCCCUUCAUACCCCUCCUCCAGCAUGACAGCCAUGUACUACAACGCACCAUCCCACCAGCAGCAGCAGCAGCACCAUCAUGCACCCCAACCACUCCAUCCCCACCAACACCACCAGCACCAUCACCAACAGACGAUACCGGGCAUGGUACCUCAGCCCUCACCCUCCCAGGUGGUAUCAGGAAUGCUCUCAGAGGCUACUGCUGCUAUGCCAGGGUUAAAACCACCUCCUCCAUCCCAGCCGCAAGGAGGAGGAGGAGGAGGGGGCGGGAUGCAGCAGUACCAGACUUCUAGUGCAAGUGCCGUAGCUACCAUGAACGGGAAGAAAGUACCACUGACGGAGCUGCCUCGGUACAUCACAACAUGUUACCCGUUUGUACAAGAUAGUUCAACAGGAGCAGCUCCUGCUACUGAAACGUGGAUGGGGUAUCCCAACUCGUCCCAGCAGCCGAAUCAACCUCAUCCACAGCCACAACAACACCAGCAUCCACCACCACCACUACCUCCAACCUCCCAGCAUCCUCUCAGUCACCAGCAGCCACCCCAGGCCACACCCAUGUAUGCACCUCCUCCUCCUCCUCCACCUGGUCACCAACCUCCCUCGGCCCAUCUCACUCAGCAACAGAACCAGGAGUACUUCCCUGUGCAUCCAGGUUACAACCAGGUGCCUCAUCAGACACCACCACCUGCAGCAGCGUCAUCUGGAGGACCACUGUAUCAGCAGGGUGCCUACCAACAACAUGGAGGCACCUACCAGCCACACCUCACAGGCACUGCACCCCAUCAUCCAACCCAUCACCACCACGCCCAGUCACCUACACCGAUGCCUCUAGCAUCCCAAUCUUCCAUGCCAGCAGGUGGGGUACCUGUAUCACACACUCCCUUUGCCCCUCCCCCUAUGAUGACCCCUCCGUCACAGAGCCCAUCACCCUACCCAUUCGCUCCACCACCACCACCACCUCAUGGAGCUGCAACACCAGGGGGGUAUGAUGCCGCCCUGCCAGGCACCCAACCCACAAUGCCUUCUUAUGGCCAGUAUGGGUAUGGGGCUUACCCUGGACCCCAAGUAAAGGUGCGUGGUCAGAGGCCAAUGAACAAGGACCAUCGAUACCCUGGAGGGUAUCAGAAUAAGGGGAGAGAACAUUAUCAAGCCUAUGUCCCACCCCCAACUGAUUUACCCAAACCUAAAACAAAGACUGUUGUAUUUGCUGAAGCCUGUGCACAAACAGAUUUUCCAGAAGCUAUAGCAAACAAGCCACUGUCGGACAAAACAAGCAACCUUACCUCUAGGUCCAAAGCCAAGACCAGGAAGAAGUCGCAGGGCAACCAGACUGGGAGAGAUGCUUCCAGUUCUAGUGACUCUGAGGUUGAGAACACUCCUCAUGAUAGCGAUAGUGGCUACUACAGCCCACUUCAUGCUCAACAACACAAUAGCACAGGUUUGGUGUCCACCUACUCGACUCAAACUGGGAAACCAACUUACAGUAAUGUUGCCAUGAACAAUAAGAGCUCACCUCAUCAGGAAAGCAGAACUGUGGAACAAAAUACAUUCACUCAAAACCAACCUCUGGUAGUUCCCCAAGGACCUCCCCUAGGUCCUCAACUAGGUCCUGCACCAGUGAUACAGAGAGGGCGCUUCACCCCUGUCCAGCCUGGUAUCCCUUCAUUCAGACCUGUAAUGCCAAUGAGCUAUGCAAACAUGCUCACCAAACCUAGAGCUGCCAAUCCACCUCCUCCUCCACUGGCCAAUGUUGGGUAUCCACAGAGACCACCCAACGUGUUCCCAACUCAACCACCACCCACCUACAGGAACAUGGCAGUCAGUUCAGCCCCUAUGCUUUAUCAGCAGCAGCAGCAGCAGCAGCAGAGGAGAAUGCAGUCUCCCGUGCCUUUACCUCAGAAGCCACCUGUAACUCCAGAGGACACUCCCAGGAAGCGGAAGCAGAAGCGAACCAAAGGCAAGAAGGAUGGUGAGGUAGAGCUGGAGAAGCCAAAGAUGGUGAAUGCAGCCACCUAUGCCAAACCACCUCAGAUCCAGGAUAAAGAAGAAUACCCUGGUCUACCCUUGGGCAGUCCUGCAGGAAACAAGUUUGGGAUGAGCACAGGAGGACGACCCAUCAGCUACAGUUCAGCUCUUCAGCAAAGAGCUCCUGUGCAGCUGGUGAAUGAGAGCUCUAGUGAGGAAGAAGAGGAAGAGAGCGGAGGAGACCCAAGUAGUAUCAUCAAGCCUGAGGAACUCCUCAGCCCAGCCAAUGUGAUGAGUACUAUCAAGGAAGGCAAGAAUGCCCGCAAAAGACGCAAAAAAGCAAUAAUGGCAACUCAGGCUGCUGCUAAGGAGUACUCUGAGAUCACUGAAGAACAGAGACAGCUGCAUGAGAACAUGAAGAAGCAAGGCAAGAGAACCAAGAUGCCUAUUGAGUUUGACCUAGGAGACAUGCUGGCUGCUCUAGAGAAACAACAGCAGGAGAUACGAGCUAAGCAGCAGCAACAGCAGCAGUUGAUCCAGAGAGGGCCAGUAGCUCCCAGCAGGAAUGUCCAGUUUGCCCCUAAUGUGGCUACCAUGGACCCAUACUCACAAUCUAGACCGGUCAAGGAUGUCCCAAGGGGUCAUAACCCUCUGGAUAUGACUGCCCCUGUGAAGCGUGGGAAGGAGAGAGAGCUACCAGCCAAGAAGAAACCCAGCGCUCUAAAGAGAGUCAUCUUGAAAGAGAGGGAGGAGAAGAAGAGACUCAGGACCCUGGAGGAGAGUCGUCUCUCAGAUGAAGAACCUGCUGGGGAUGAUGAUGAGGAAGAGGAGGAGGAGGAGGGAGAGGAGGAAGGAGAAGAAGAAGAGGAGGAAGAAGAAGAGGAGGAAAAAGUAGAGGAAGCAACAACAAAAAUGAGCGAUGAGGCUGAGAGCAGUGAUCCAGUCGUUUCCCAGGGGUUAUCCCAGGGUCUGUCUCAAGGCUUAUCACAAGGAUUCUCGCAAGGCUUCUCAUAUGGGUUCUCUCAUGGAUUCUCUCAAGGGCUCUCACAGGAUGCUCCAAGUGAUCGAGGCUCCUUCCCAGGGUUCAAUGCAUCUCAGAGUGACCUUUCACCUUUGAGUCAGAUGUCACCUCUGAGUAUGAGUCCCCUUUCUCCCGGAUCUCCCCUGAGCUCCGGCCUCUCAAGCCCUGCUACUGGUAUGGGCCGUAGCAACCCCACCCAGGUCGCUACCAAGAUACACAGCAGAAGGUUUAGAGAAUAUUGCAACCAGGUAUUAGAUAAAGACAUUGAUGGGUGCUGCACCACUCUCCUUCAAACCCUGGUCAAGUUCCAAGAUCGACAGUAUCACAAAGAUCCAGCAAAGGCCAAGAUGAAACGGCGUCUAGUGAUGGGUCUUCGAGAGGUCACCAAGCAUCUCAAAUUGAAGAAGAUCAAGUGUGUGGUGGUCUCUCCUAAUCUGGAGAGGAUCCAGUCAAAGGGCGGGCUUGAUGAAGCGAUGGAUAGAAUCAGUUCGUUGGCCAGUGAGCAGAAUGUUCCUCUCAUCUUCGCCUUGGGUCGUAAGGCUCUAGGUAGAGCAGUCAACAAAGUGGUACCUGUCAGUGUUGUGGGGAUAUUCAACUAUGAUGGUGCUGAGGAUACGUACAAGCAGCUGUUGGACUUGUCCACCAGGGCCAGGAAUGCGUAUGCUGACAUGGUGCGGAAGUUCCAGCAGGAGUUAGAAGCUGCCAAUGCAGCCAGCGCAGCUCGCAUGGCCAAGCACCGGCAUCACAUGGGGCACAACCGCAACCUGUCUGGCUGCAGUGCUAUCUCCUUCAGCUCAGUCAUCUCUGAGCCAAUAUCAGAGAACUACCCCAACCCUGAACCAGAGGUAGACAGCCAAGGAAGGGAGAUAGAGCCAGACCCUCCUACCACACCCACCUAUAGUCCACAGGGAGGAGGAUGUAGCAGUGAUGCAGGCCAGCAACAUCCCAGUGCCCCCAUGAGAAGCUUGUCCUUCACAGGUACAGGAAGCGUGAUCAGCAACUCUACAGAUGACACCAUUCACAAGGAGGAGAAAGACGGAGGAGGCAGCAGCGUUGGGAAAGACUAUGUCAUGUCUGAGACCUCCUCCCGUACCCUGACAGCGGGCGAAGGGGACCAGGAUCUAGAGGAAGGGAGCAAAGAAGAUGUUGGUAGAGUGGAGCUGGAAGAGCUUGAAGCUGGUUUGGUUGAUCAGGAUCAUGAUGAGGAGGAAGAAGAUGAAGAAGAGGAGGAGGAUGAGGACGAGGAUGCUGAAGUCAUCAAGGCUAAUAUUCUUCUUCCGGAAGACGGUGCUCCUGAGAAACGGGUUGCUGAUUGGGUUGCUGAAGCCCAGCAGUGCAUUGAGAGCCUCACGGUGGAUGAUGAAAGUGGAGAUGACGGUGGUGAUGCGAAAAAGAAAGGAGUUGGGGAGAAGAAAGAUGAGAAACCUAGUGAUGCUAACAUCUCACCUGAGCAAGUUGGUAAAAUGCUUACAUCACUAGAGGUGUAAUCCAUACAUAUACUGGAAGUCUUGUUUGCUAUCAACUGACCUUUCAUAUGUCUUAACUUUAAAGGACAAAAGUGAUCCAUACUCCAUGCCAAACUAGUGUUUUAAACAUGAACACCCUUUAGGAGUCGAGGAAAUAAGGUCAGUUUUCUGCUCUAAUAUGCUGAGUGGAUUUAGAUUAACAGUUAUCAAUACCUUUUAUAAAAGGGAAUGUACGUGUAUAAUUAUUAUUAUCAUUUAUUGCAUGUAUUUUCUGAAUAUAUUCUUAAGUUGAAGUUCCUUAUUAAGAAAUGGAAACUUCAAGUUGUAUUAAAAUACUUUUCUUAUAUACAUGUAUAUGUAUUUUAUGAUGUAUUCUAAUCAUGUAGAGAAGUGUAAUUCAAUAUAUGACAGAUUACUUAUGUGUAUAGAUUGUACAGUACAAAUUGCAUGCGAGACAGAUACAUGCAUGCAUACAUAAAAUGAAGUGAAAUAAUUUAUCCCCUGUGUUUGUUUUUGAAAUAAGUGCUAGGCUAAUAGGUAAUUGUCUGGGGCAACCAGAAAAAGACCACUAAUCAAGCGAGUGAAAUUAACAAGCAACACAUUAUGUAUAUAGAUGCAGGAUUUGACGUUUCUUUUUGCUCACGCGGGAUGCUGAUACCUGAUUUAUUUUUAUGCUGCUUGAGAACAUAUGUACCCCAGGAACAAUUCUAUUUUGCCUCUUAUUGAAUUCUGAAAAUGGCUUAUUUGUUGGGGUCUGUGAUAGUAAAGCCUUGGUCACAAAUGCCAUUACGAACUGCUACGAACGCCAUACGAUUGAUUUUUAGACAAUGGAAAUUCGGGAAGACAAUGGAAAAUCAGGGAGAUUCAUACAAAAUAAUCAUUGGUACGAACCUUUGU